AUGGAGGUCUCGGAGCAUUUGCUGGUCUUCACCGUUUGGAAUUUGGCGUCCACUACGGUGGUUUCCACCUUGAAACAUGGCUUCUCCGCCUGUCGGGCGGGUGGAGGUCACAACCAUUCGGUUUGCAGCAUUUUCCCAGAUAGCUUAUUGCUGGCCGCUCCACUUCUGAUGGCCGAAGGUGGCACCAGCACUGCCAUCGCAGCAGCCAGCGACGACGCCGCGCGGACGCUGGGCGAGUUGGGGCGACGAGCGCUCGAACUCAUCGCUUUGCUGAGGCAAGCGCUCAUCGUGCAUGGCAACUCGGUCGUGGGCGCAGCCGUGGCCUAUGCCAUGGACCUCGUCUACACGGCGCUUUGGAAGCCCGAAUUUGGCCUGUCUUGGUCCACUGGAGGAGUCCCCCGGCUCCUCCUGCCUCAUUGCUCUGCUGCGGACUUUGUGGGUGCGCAACGCUGGGAAGGAGUGGUGCGGCCGGCUCGGCCCAUGCAUUGGCUAGCAGCCCUGGUGGAGAAGCUACCCUCGAAGUCCUUCCUGAAUGUCGCUGUUCGCGACCGGCGCGGGGAGGAGGAUUGUACACUAAAACAUGGCGACUUCGGGACCUUUCAGGACCCAACUUGUGGAUUGGCCCAGCUUCGGUCCUGGGACACUUUAGAGUUGGAGCGUGACGUGGAGCAAUGCUUGGGUCAGGCCAGCUGUGUGGCCGGGGGCCGAUUCCGACCCAAAAGAAAGAGCGUGCAAGGCAUCCGGCAGCUAAGCAAAGAGGAGCUGGAGACCUUGCUACAGGAGCGUGCUGUAGAUGUUUUGGCUUUCUCGCCCAGCGCAGGCAACUGUGCCGAGUUGAGGCGGUUGCUGGACACCACACUGGCCACUGCUAAACCUCGCGUUGUGGUGUUGACCAUCAAUGCGCUGCUAGCUCCCCCGCGCCGUGCAGCGCCGGACUUUGUGCGUGCGAGGAAAACGGGUGAGAGGUUCGGGGUGCCCUACACCAGCUGCUCCUUGCAGUCGGCCAUUGACUUCCUGGCUCCAAGGUUUCGUCCGCUCUUCCUGGACACCCUCCGGGCCGUCUUCUUGCGCGAGGACCAACGAGGACCAGCCUUCGGCGAGGCGCCAAGCGUUGACGUGCUUUGGCGCAGAGGUGCCGGUUGCACGCUGCCACUGAUUGACCUGCUCCCGGACGGAGGUGAGCGCAAUGUGUUGCAAGAGAUGUCCAGUCUGGGGAGCGCUGCUUGGCCCUGUGAGCGCGCGAUGAAGGUCCCCCAGCUUUCCCGCUCAGCGCUGCCCCGGCGAUGUGCGCAGAAGGAGCUGUACCCAGAGACCGAGGCGCGCUGCCUGAAAGCGGGACAUCCCAAGCGCGGCAAGCUGUUCGCCGGAGCGGUGUCGCCCAUGACGCCCGGCCGGGGGCAGCUGAUCAACGGGCGCGGGCGGUGCUUUCUAGAGGCGGGCUUCUGCGAAUGCUUCCCACCGUGGCGGGAUGCCUUGUGCGAUCGGCAAGAGAUGGGUGAUUCUGGACAAGGUGGCGCCAUCAUCGCGACACGCGUUCGACCUGGUGAAGAGGAGGACUUGGUUGGAAGCCUUUGGAACUGGUGGGAGAGCUUCAACAAUCAGCUGGAUCACCCCAUCCUUGUCUUUCACGAAGGUCUCAGCCCAGAGGAUGCCUUGCGCAUUAAGGAGGCCUCCCCCUCACGCGUGUGGUUCGCCCACCUGGGGCCUUUGAUGUCAAAGCCGCGACAGUUCCAUGCCCAAGAGAUCAGGGAGGAGGCCCUGGCAUGCAGAUUCAAGUUCGCUUGGCUCUUAGAGGAGCCGGCCAUCCAAGACUUUGAAUGGCUCAUGUGGAUCGACACAGAUGUCAACUUCCCGAUCCCCUUCGACCGGGAUUUGGUACGUGAGACCUCUACAGCAGGCGCACAUCUGGGCUACUUGCCGAACAACGCCCCGCGACCGGCGCCUCGGGCGCUGAGGGCUUUGGCCUUGCUCUUCGGCUCUGGCGAGAGGGCCGCCGCGCCUGACGAGAAUUUCCAAGACAGCACGAUCGACCUGAGUUCGCGCGUGCUGGUGCUGGAGAUCGCCCCUUUUAGGGACGGAGCCGUGCAGCGCUUCGCCCAGUGGGCCUUGGACUUCGGACGCGAGGCGCCCAUCUGCCGCUGGGGCGAUGCGGCGCUGCGCGGGGUUCAGGCUUGGCUGCUCCCGCCGGAGAAGCGCCACGCGUGGCCGAAGCUCGCAGCCCUCAGGCAAGACACCUCCAUCGACUGA